AUGAAGGCCAGUGCCUUUACAGCUUCUGGUUGGACUCAAGCUCAUGCAACCUUCUAUGGAGGCAGUGAUGCUUCUGGGACAAUGGGUGGUGCUUGUGGAUAUGGGAACUUGUAUUCAACUGGUUAUGGUACUAGAACUGCAGCAUUGAGCACUGCAUUGUUCAACGAUGGAGCAGCAUGUGGGCAAUGUUACAAGAUUAUGUGUGAUUACAAUGCUGAUCCUAAAUGGUGCAUCAAGGGAACCUCUAUUACUGUUACUGCUACAAACUUUUGUCCUCCAAAUUUGGCUCUUCCUAGUGACAAUGGAGGUUGGUGCAACCCACCCCGCCAACAUUUUGACAUGGCUCAACCCGCUUGGAAAAAGAUUGGAAUUUAUAGAGGUGGAAUCGUGCCCGUUAUCUACCAAAGGGUUCCGUGCAAGAAACAUGGCGGAGUUAGAUUCACCAUCAAUGGAAGGGACUACUUUGAGCUUGUAAUGAUUAGCAAUGUGGCAAAUGCUGGAUCUAUUCAAUCAGUUCAGAUCAAGGGCUCGAAAAACAACUGGAUGGCUAUGUCUAGGAAUUGGGGGGCUAAUUGGCAAUCCAAUUCUUACCUCAAUGGCCAAUCUAUAUCCUUCAAGAUGAUAAUGGGUCCUCGAGUUUUAGGUUUUGGGCCUUCACGGUUAACAGGCUGCGGCGUGCUUACACUUUUACUGAAAGCAGCCCGCCAGUGUUUUGAGCUAUACAAUAUUACAUUCGGGCCUGAUUUUAAGCCCACCAAAAAUUUGGUUGGCACUGUGUAUUUAGCCAUUGUUUUCAACUCUAUUGAUAUAUUUCCAAAAUAA